UCUGCAGGGGUUCACACAGGAUCGUGUGUAAAGUUUGACACUUUGAGGAAAACCUGUGAGGUUUCUGCGUGGUGUCCGGUCGAAACAAAGACAAAACCUCCCAGACCCGCUCUGCUGGCAGCAGCUGAGAACUUCACCGUGCUCAUAAAGAACAACAUCAGGUUUCCUGCCUUCAAGUUCAUCCGGAGGAACAUCCUCCCAAACAUGAAUGACGCCUACCUGAGGAGCUGCGACAGAAGAAACGACUCGCUGUGUCCCAUCUUCAGACUGGGAGACUUGGUCAGAGAAGCCGGAGAGAAGUUCUCCGAGAUGUCUGUGGAGGGGGGCGUCAUUGGCAUCAUGAUAGAGUGGGACUGUAACCUGGACCGUCUGAUGCAGAGCUGCCUGCCCCGAUACACCUUCAGACGUCUGGACGAGAAGGAGAGCAACAGGACGCUUUACCCCGGACUCAACUUCAGGUACGCAAAGUACAACACGGUGAACGGCGUGGAGGAGCGAACGCUCUACAAAGCUUUUGGGAUCAGGUUUGAUGUCAUGGUGUUCGGACAGGCGGGAAAGUUCAGCUUCGUCCAGCUCAUCAUCUACAUCGGAUCAACGCUGUCGUACUACGCUCUGACGACCAUAAUGAUCGAUUGGCUGAUUGGAACGAGCUGUUACUCUGCAGAGGUCGGACAAAACUACUCGGAGAAGAAGGUGGAGUCGGUGAAGGACAAUCAGAAGUGCGUCCUCUGCGUCUCCUACGUCGAUGAGAACAACAUUCGACUGGUGAAGAGAUCUCAGAAGAAAAGUUUACAAGACAUCAAAGCCUCGUCUGUUCAGCCACGAAAGGAGGACACGGGACACCUGAGGGCCGUCCUCCCUCUGCUGCAGACAGAUCGUGAAGCUCCGCCUCCUCUAGAAAACAAACCCGUCAUGAACGCGGGGCCUCGACGCCCCUCCUGGUGUCGGUGUGACCGCUGCUCGCCGUCCUCGCUCCCGCACGAGGAGCUGUGCUGCAGGAGGAGCGACGGCGCCUGCAUCACUUCGUCUCCUCUGUUCGAGCAGCUCGUGCUGCGUCGCCCCCUGCUGGAGGCCGUCCUCCUGUACAGGGACCCUCUGACUCCGCCCCCCGGUCCGGCUCAGACCGCCUCCCUGCGGCACUGCGCCUACAGACAGUACAUCAGCUGGAGGUUGGGGGUCCCGCCCGCAGACACCCACCCUAUCAUCCCACGCUGCUGCGCGUGGAGGAUCAGGGAGGAGUACCCGAGCCCGGACGGACAGUACAGCGGCUUCAGACCGGCCAGGGCGCCGUCUAUGCAGGCGUGCGCUAACGGAGAGCUGUGAGAGAAGCGUUUACACAACACUAACACACUAACAGUUUUUCAUGUUUAAUCUGCCUUAAAAAGACAAAGAAAUGUGUAAAAUAACGAAGCUGCACAGGAGACAGAGAAGGGUCAGUGUACGUCGGCCUGCGUUCAGUUUCCUCGCUGAGUCAACAAAUCUGUGAACUUUCACACGUAUGUUGUAAAGUCUUCUGCCUGCCCAGUAAAAACAAAUACAACAACUUCUCUUA